CAUCUCUUGCAGAAGAGGGAAAGGACCAGCCACAGGACCAAGUCUUCAGGUUGGCCACAUCCUUCAGGAACCUGGAGCUUGAACCAGGGCCCACCCUAUGGAUGGGAGAUGAUGACAAACAGAGAUGGGAGAGACUACUUCAUCAAUCACAUGACACAGUCGGCCACAUUUGAAGACCCUCGAAUAGAGAACUGCCAAAUCACCCCUCCAGCCCCUCGUAAAGUGGAAAUGAGGAGGGAUCCUGUGCUGGGAUUCGGUUUUGUGGCUGGCAGUGAAAAACCAGUUGUUGUACGCUCCGUAACACCAGGUGGCCCCUCUGAAGGAAAACUUAUACCAGGAGAUCAAAUCAUAAUGAUUAAUGAUGAGCCAGUCAGCACUGCUCCAAGGGAGAGAGUCAUUGACCUUGUCAGAAGCUGCAAAGAAUCGAUCCUCCUGACUGUUGUUCAGCCUUACCCUUCUCCUAAAUCAGCAUUUAUCAGUGCUGCAAAAAAGGCAAGAUUGAAGUCCAACCCAGUCAAAGUGCGCUUCUCUGAAGAGGUCAUUAUCAAUGGCCAGAUUUCAGAAACUGUUAAAGACAAUUCACUUCUCUUCAUGCCAAAUGUACUGAAGGUAUAUCUUGAAAAUGGGCAAACCAAAUCCUUCCGUUUUGACUGCAGUACUUCAAUAAAG